UAAAUAUAAUCACGUGUCAGCGGCGCAGCCAAUAGCAGCCAAGGAAGCGCAGGGAAAUAAUUACCUGCCUUGAUUGUUCUAUGGCUAGAUAAAAAAGUACACAUACACUCCAUAUAAUAAUCGGAUGCAUGUAAAAGAGUCGGGGAGGCUUCGACAUGUCGACCACGGGUCCCAUAAGUAAUUAUUAUGUGGACUCCUUGAUCAACCAUGAAAACGACGAUGUCCUUGCUGCGACUCGGUUCUCGGCGCCCGUGUCUCACCCAGCCGGCCCUCGUCCGACGUCCCUAGUACCGGAGUGCGCCGACUAUCCUUCCUGCAGCUUCGCACCCAAGCCACCCGUCUUCUCCACCUCCUGGGCCCCCGUACACACCCAGUCAUCAGUGGUCUACCAUCCAUACAGUCACCAACCUCACUUAGGCACAGACUCGAGGUAUAUGCGCUCAUGGCUGGAGCCGAUAUCCGGCGCGGUGCCUUUCCAUGGCUAUCCGGGAAACAGCAGGCACUAUGGGCUGAAGCCUGACGCCUUCCAGGAGCACAGAGCCGGCGAGUGUCUCGGCUCCAGCGGACGGACCUACACGGACUAUCUGUACUGCUCGUCCACUGACAUACGAGACAAGACGCAGCAAAAUAUUCCGUCUCCCGAGUCGGAGCUCCUGGCUUCGGGGAAACAUAAAGACGAGAAACCGGAGCUGGAUCCGAAUAACCCUGUGGCAAAUUGGAUACACGCCCGCUCCACAAGGAAGAAGCGAUGCCCUUAUACAAAGUACCAGACUCUCGAACUGGAGAAGGAGUUUUUGUUUAAUAUGUACCUCACCAGAGACCGCCGGUACGAGGUCGCUAGAGUCCUGAAUCUGACCGAGAGACAGGUCAAAAUCUGGUUUCAGAACCGACGAAUGAAGAUGAAGAAAAUGAACAAAGAAAAGACCGACAGCAAAGAGCAAUAAUUAGGACUCCAGUGUGAAAACAACCAUAGUAACCACUAGUGACAUGGACAACACAGAUGUACCAACACACUCACAUGCCUCCUACAUAUUUAUCAGUUUGUUGGAUUUUGUAUUAAUCCUAACUUCAACAUUGUUUGAUGCUCACUGUUAUUUUCCAGCGCAUAAUUAUGUGUUCAGCGUAACAAGAGAAAAAAACAGCUGAUAAUCUUAUUACAUUCUACUUUUCCUUCGUAAUAGGCUACUUAUGUUUGUCCUUUUGUAACAGAAAUUGUAGAAGCGUCGUUCGGAUGCGUUAAAACGGUCCGAAGAAAGAGAAUACUUGAAUUCUUUUGAAUUUCACAAAGCAUAAUUUAUGAUGUGAAUUUUCUUUUCCUUUCAUGAUUAUUUCCUUUGUGCCUUGUUGUGCAGGUGCAGUAUUUUGUACAGAAACAGAACAUCUGCGGUUUGACUUGUUUGUCUUGUAUUUUGUGAUAGCUGUUGCUGUAUUUGUGCAUCUCUUUUUUGACUGUAGGCUACAAGUUUAAUUAUAGUGUAGAGAUAGACGUCUGCAAAUAUAAACAUAAUCACUAA